UCUUUCAGACGCUGGUAACUUGGUUGGGUGGACGCUGAAUGAUGGAGAUGAUGAGUCAAAGGUUGUACAAGAAAUUGUGAAGGAUAUCUUAACUCGCCUAAGCCAAACACCUUUUGUUGUUGCUGAGCAUCCGGUUGGGAUAGAGUCCCGAGUGGCUAAGGUGAAAUCAAUGUUGAACCUUGAAUCUAAGGAUGAUAUUCUCAUGGUGGGAUUAUGGGGACAGGGAGGCAUCGGAAAGACAACUUUAGGGAGAGCCAUUUUUAAUGAUAUUUCCAAACCAUUUGAUGGUUCAAGUUUUUUGGCAAAUGUUCGAGAAAAGUCAAAGGAUGGCAUGGGUUUAGUUACUUUGCAAGAACAAUUACUCAAUGAUAUAUUGUUACCGCCAACAAGAUUAGUGGUGUCCGAUGUCGCUAGAGGUAAAAGUCUAAUACCACUUAGACUCCGUGACAAAAGAGUUCUUGUGAUCCUUGAUGAUGUGGAAGAUGUGGAGCAGUUAUGUGCUUUAGCGGGAAAAGCCAAUUGGUUUGGUAGUGGGAGUAGGAUCCUCAUUACUACAAGAGACAGGCAUUUGCUGACUCCCACAAUAGAUCGAGAUCGUGUGUAUGUGCAUGAAGUUAAAGCACUGGAGGAUGGUGAAGCUCGUGCGCUGCUUAGUAAGCAUGCUUUUCCGACAUACAAAAAAUUAGAAAGUAGGACAGAUCUAUUGGAUGGUUUUCCGAAUCAUGCUAAAGGCCUUCCUUUAGCACUUGAGGUGUUGGGUUCCUUAUUAUGUGGUACAACAGAAGAUGUAUGGGAAAGUAUACUAAAGAGACUUUCCAUGACUCCCAACGAAAAGAUUAAUAAUGUGCUCAAAGUGAGUUAUGAUGGGCUAGAGAAAAAUGAGCGAGAGAUCUUUCUCCAUGUUGCAUGUUUCUUUAAGGGGCAGGCAAGAGAGUAUACAGAGAGAGUUCUUGACGGUUGUGAUCUUCAGACAGCUGCAGGAUUUGAUACUCUUAUUAAGAGGUCCAUGAUUAGAAUUGAGUACGGAAACCUACAAAUGCAUGACUUGAUUCAAUCGAUGGGUAUGCAUAUGGUGGAGCAAGAAUUUGAUGAUCCCGGGAGACGCAGUAGACUCGGGCUAUAUGAGGAUGUUCUUGAAGUUCUAUCACGUGACAUGGGAGAUUGUGCUGUAACAGCCAUAGUGUUGGAGCUACCUAAGCCGACGGAGAUGUGUAUCCGUCCUGCUGCAUUUACAAAAAUGAGAAAGUUGAGAUUGCUUGUCGUGCGCAAUAUUUCUUUCCAAAGUCCUGUAAGUCUUCCUAAUCAGCUAAGAUGUUUGGGAUGGGCUGAAUGUAGUCCCUGGAUUCCAGAAUUUUCCUCUGGUCCAAAUAAAUUAGUGGUGCUUGAUAUCCACGGAGGCAGAAUCGAAGGAGAGCCAAAAAAAAUUGAGGUGUCAGGAGAGCCAAGACAAUUUGAGGACUUCCAAAAUCUGAAGCACAUUAGUUUCCAUGAAUGCAAGUCUCUGGUUUGUUCCCCCGACCUCUUCGGCAUUCCGAAUCUCGAGGAAUUGGAAUUCCAACAUUGCUACAACUUGGUAGAAGCACACGAGUCAAUUGCAUAUCAUGACAAGUUACGGGUGUUGAAGAUACAUGAGUGCUCUGAAUUUAGUAUUUUUCCGAUGCUCAAGUCAAAAAGUCUCCAACUUCUCAGUAUUGCAAAUUGCGAAAAAUUUGAAAGGUUCCCUGAUAUUCCACAUGAACUCAAAGGCCUGAAAGAGCUUAAUUUAGAAGGGACUGCUAUUAAAGAACUUCCCCCAUCAAUAGAAUAUCUUGUCUCAUUGCAGAGAAUGAGCAUUCGCCGUUGCAUGAACCUGGAGAGUCUUCCUUCUAGCAUUUACAAGUUACAAAACCUUGAAGAAUUGAAAAUUCUUUAUUGCCCAAGAGGGUUGACACUGCCUGCUAUUUCCUCAAUUGGCCUGGAGAGUCCUUAUUACAAUAUUUUAAUCCCUGGAGUAGAGAUGCCGGAGUGGGUCCUCCCUUUUGAAGGGGAUUCAAUAUCUUUCAUGGCUUCAGAGGAUUUGUAUCGCAAGUUUCUUGGAUUGACUCUCUGUUUUGUUUUCUGUGGAGACUAUUCUGAUGAAGGGGAAGCUCUGUUGGAGAUUGAACCACAUGUUAAUGGCAAAAGUCGGGGUACCCUUCAAAAAAGUUUCCUUUAUUUGUACUCUGAUCAUAUCUAUCUUGAGUAUACCGUGCCAUUUAAUCUGUUUGGAGAAGUCGAUUUUGGUCAAACUGAGGGGAGUUACGUACAAUUUAGCAUUAGAGUAGAGAUUGAAGAUAUUGUGGAAAAGCAGGGAUUUCGAAUAAUAUGCAAGCCACUAGAGGAUGAUUUAAAGAUUGAGAUUCAGGACAAACAGCUAAUGGAUCUAGCAUUACUGAAGGAGGUUGAUCUUGAAUCAACAUAUUCAAAAGUCGAGAUCUCAGAAUCAACAGAUUUAGAAGCAGAGAGUUCACUUGCGCACAAAGAUUAUUCGAACGAAGCAGAUCCUCAGGAAGACCUGCAAGAUUGUCAAAUGAGUACUGAGGAACAUAGUCAAAGAGUAGUAUCAAAGAGAAAUCAGGAGCUUAUUCUCACUCGAGGCAUGCGAACCAAGACCACGUGGACUUCUAAUUCUAUUGGCAGAGAUGAGUAUGGUGGUGUUGGGUUGCAGCUUUUGUUGUCAGAAUGA